AUGGCUGAAGUAGCAGAGAGCCCAACUACUCCCCCCACAGAAUUAUUAGCCUCUGGACGGCGUCACCUAGCUGUAAGAGAUUAUAGUGCUGCCGUAGAAAAUCUAGCAAAAGCUUGUGAAUUGUUGGCCAAAGAACAUGGAGAUACGGCAGACCAGUGUGCUGAAGCUUAUUUGUGGUAUGGAAAGGCAUUGCUAGGCUUAUCGAGGGAAGAAAAUGGUGUUCUCGGAGAUGGUAUGCCUGGAACAAAUAAUGAAGAUAAUGAAGAGGAUAAUGAAGAACAAGAACAGAAUGGUGAAGAAGAAGGUGAUGGUGAAAAUAAAGCAGAAUCAGAGGAGGCUGACCCUAUGGAGGCUGACCAAAGUAUUGUGGAGUCAACAACAGACGACAAAGAACCUGUGACUGAUGUGAAUGAAGCAGACCAACCAGGAACGUCCAAUGGUGAUGUGAACGAUGAAUCCAUGGCAAAUCUUGACAAUGAAGAUGAUGUUGACAAUCUUCAGCUAGCAUGGGAAAUGUUAGAUCUAGCACGCAGCAUACUAGAUCGUCGUGUACAGUCGAAUGCAGAAGCGCGGUCGCUUUUAGCUGAUGUCCAUUUGGCUUUGGGUGAAGUCGCUCUUGAAAGCGAAACUUAUGACAAAGCUGUGGUUGAUAUGCUCAGCUGCUUGGAAAUACAGAAGGAGCUCUAUAGUUGUGAUGAUAGGCGAAUCGCUGAAACACAUUAUCAAAUUGGUCUAGCCAACUCUUUAGCAUCUAACUUUGAGGACGCAAUUACCCACUUUAAAAACGCAGCUAACAUUCUAGAAUCUCGUAUCAAAUCACUAGAGAGUCCCACCGAGGAUGCCUCUAAGAAACAUUUACCAACCGACAUGUCUGCUGAAGCAGAAAUCAAAGAACUGAAGGAGCUUCUGCCAGAAAUUCAGGAGAAAAUUCAAGAUAUGAUGGACUACAAGGCGGAGACCAUCAAAAGAGUUCGCGAAGCUCUGUUUUCGACAAAUGGUGACACACAAAGCAACGGUGCUAGCUCGUCUUCCGCUGACAGUAAACCCAAACCGGCUGCGUCCGACAUCUCCCAUCUAAUCAAAAGGAAACGAAAACCCAGCGAAAGUGAAGAACCCGCUCCGAAGAAAGUUAACUCGUCUGUAUAG